AGAGAAAAAUAUGACACUUUUCACAAAGACCACUAGGAGGCGCCAUUAAGUUAAAUAUGGCGUAUGUAACGUUAACUGAUGGCGUAGUCUUCACAGGGAUUACAAAAACACACACAAAACAAUAAGCCACUUUACAGUGUGUUCAUUUUCUAUCCAUCAGUCGAUUUAGAAGUUGUUUUAAAUGUUGAGAUAUAGAUAUGUUUAUGUAUGUGUACACUUCACAAAAGUGAUAUUGUGUGUAUAGUAAGAUAACAAAUUUGAUUGCAAUUUUAAUGAAUGCAUUUUAAUAAAUAUACAUAUAAUACUUAUUAAAUAUAUUUAUUCUCAUAAAAAUAAAAUAAAAAUACCAUAAAAACCAACCACUCCACCAGGUUGUGGCCGUGUCGUCAUUCUCGAAACUCCUCGCGAUGACAGCUGCCUUGCCUUCGUUUUUUAGUGCCCGGAUAACCCUGUCAGAGUGAGCGCUCUUCCAUUACACACACGCUCUUUUUCCUGUCAGAAUGAGAGCUCUCCCGCAAAACACACACAUACACACACACACACGCACACACACACACCCACACACGUUUUUUCCUGUCAGAUUGAGACCCAGCCUGACGCACACACACGCUCUUGUUUCCUGUCAGAGUGAGACACACGCUCUCCUUUUUCCUGUCAGAGUGAGACCUCUUCCACCACGCUAACACUCUAUUUUUCCUGUCAGAGUCCACCACACACACUGUCUUUUCUCAUGUCAGAGUGAGACCUCCUACACGACACACAUACUCUCUUUUUCCUGUCAGUGUCCCCCACACACGCUCUCUUUUUUCCUGUCAGAGUAAGACCUCACACGCUACACACACGCUCUUUCUCUCUCCGGGUGACGUUCCACAAUCCAACCCGGUCAGUGUGCCGCGUCGGUAGCUGGUAGCUUAGCUCGCUGCUGGCUAACCUGCCGAGCUCCAUUCCUCCGCCUCCAGAACAGCAGCUGAGUGAACCCCCCCUUCUCCCUCCCACCCGCCCCGCGCGCCUCAAUGCAUCUCCCGCGGCCGCGAUGGCAGCAACAGAAACGGUCUGAGACGGUUUCACAACAUCUGUAGUUAAUGUCCGUGUGAUUUGGUGCCCGUGGUUGGUUGAUUCCACCGGUUACUAGCUAGCCGGUUGUUGUUCUGCCGCGCGGGACAGACGGCGGCAGCUAGCCUGCUGUCUCGUCGCUCCACGGCGGGGAGGAUGCUGAAGCUGUUCGGGGCGCUGGUUCUCUUCGGACUGGCCGUGGCGUGCAUCACCUCCUGGGUGCUGGACAGCUAUGACACGGCGUGGCACCCGAAGCGGAGCGUCCGGCACCCGACUGUUGGCGACGGAGACGAAUCCAGAGGGAAGUCUCCUCCAUUCCCCGGCGGCGAGUUGGACAAUAUAUUCUGGUUUAUACAGGUCUCUGACAUUCACAUUAGCCGCUUUCACGACCCGAGACGCAUUCCAGAUUUUGAAAAGUUCUGCACCGACACAAUCGAAGUGAUCAAGCCAGAUCUAGUGCUCGCAACAGGGGAUCUGACGGAUGCCAAAACCGAGAGUAAGGUGGGUUCCCUCCAGCACGAGGUGGAGUGGCAGGCCUACCACAACAUCCUGAAGAGGUCGCGCGUGAUGGAGCGCACCAGGUGGAUAGACAUCCGCGGAAACCAUGAUGCCUUCAAUAUUAUGUCUCUGGACAGCAUCAACAACUACUACCGGAAAUAUUCGGCCAAUCAGAAAGUCGGCUCCUUCCACUACGUUCACCAAACGCCAUUUGGCAACUACUCCUUUGUGUGUGCGGAUGCCACUCUGACUCCAGGACCCAAGAGGCCGUACAACUUCUUUGGUAUUCUCAACCAGACUCAAAUGGACUUGCUGGACACGUUCAGAGUCGAGAGUCUGAAGAGCAACCAGUCGAUCUGGUUUGGCCACUACACCACCUCCACCGUUGUCUCCCCGUCUCCGGGAGUUCGGAACGUGAUGAGAUCUGCAGUUGCGUACCUGUGUGGCCACCUGCACACGCUCGGCGGCCUGAUGCCCGUCCUCCACAGCCGACACCCUCAAGGCACCCUGGAGCUGGAGCUGGGCGACUGGAUGGACAACCGCAGGUACAGGAUUCUGGCCUUGGACCACGACCUGCUGAGCUUCGCUGACCUGAAGUUCGAGCAGUGGCCCGCGGUGCUCAUCACCAACCCCAAGGACGCUCAGUACCUGCAUCCCGGGCUGGAGCCGCUGGGUCGCAUCCGGAGAUCCACAUACAUCAGGAUCUUGGCGUUCUCCGAGGCCCCGAUCACAGCGGUGCACGUGAGCGUGGACGGGGAACCUCUGGGCAGCGGCCACUCGGCUGGGGGCCCCCUCUACGUGCUGCUGUGGGAUCCGUCGCUCUACCUCAGGGGGCUGCACACCGUCAGGGUUCAAGUGGAGGACUCGGCGGGCCGGUCGUCGGUGCGAGAGCAGCACUUCACUCUGGAGGAGGACCUGACUCCGAGCUUUGGCUUCGGGCCGUCCUUCAUCCUCCUCACGGACCACUACGUUCUGGCCCGGGCGGCCUUCGUCGUCACGGUGCUGCUGAACGUCGGCGUGCUGCUGGCCUUCAGGUUCCUGCGUGUUCCUUCCGGGAGAGGCUUGACUUCUCAAGCGUGCAUGUCGCUCCAGCUGGUCAGCACGACGGACUCCUUCUUCUACUCUCUGCUGCUGUUUAACCUGUGCACAGCCUUCGGUCCGUGGUUCGUAGGCGAUCUGAUAGACGGCCACGGCGGCGCCUGCUUCGCCUUCGGGGUGUUCGUCGACGGGCACUUCCUGGAGGGCAGCCUCACUUAUGUUAUUGGAGUCUUUCAACUCCUCUUCUUCAACAUGCCCCUCACCUGUUACCUCUGCUGGAGCCUCCACCACCGUUGUCGCGGCAACACCUUCCGAUCCCACUUCCUGCGGCCGGGCUGCCGCUGGUGGACCCUGGCGGUGCACCUCCUCAUGCUGCUGCUGCUCACCUGGCAGGUGCACUCCUGCUACUUCCUGCUGCAGACCUACGGCCCGGUCGCCUUCUUCCUGUCUCCGGUGCGCACCUGGGCCCUGGCGCUCGGCCUGCUCUUGGUCUACCGCGCCUGGACAGGCCCCGCCCCUUCCGUUCGCGACAACAGCAGCAAGAGCGUCUCUCCCUCUUGACAGUAACUUUCGCCGUGCGCGUCACGACUCCCCUUUCGACUCGCAGAUAUAUUAAGCCCCUCCCCCCCAUCUCUUUUCUUUCUCUCCUCCAAAUAGCCACUGCGCAGCACACCACUCGCCAUCCUGUUUAUAGAUGGUAUUGUUUGCUUGAUAUGCAUGUUAUUGUUAAACCAUCGCACAUUUCUGGCCAUAUUCAUAUUAGCGAUGUGUACAGUGUAAAAAGAAAUGCCGCCGUGGAUACAUUGGGGGUGAAAUAGCCUCUUUGAGCUAUGCAGUAUUCCAAUGCACGCCACAGCUAACGGUAUAUAAGCUCACUCAUUUAUUGAAACGUCAGCACUUUUUUGGGGGAAGUGUUGCCUUGGCCGAACGCCACGUCACCACCGCCAAAGGAUGAAUAAGAAAGAAAUUGUUCCCUCUGAGAAUCAUGUUCACUCAAUAGUGAAGGCGUGACGUGACACACACACAUCGCGUGGAUGAGAGAAACGUCAUUUUGUACACUGUUAGCUUUCCCCCGAUUGCUCAUGGCCGGGGCAGUGACGGUAACUUUGGGGUGAUGCAAACUAAGCGAUUAUAUUUUUAGGUUUAUUCUAUGUGCGAUUUAAGGAGAAUACAAAUAAAUCAAAUUAUGUAGUCCAGGACUAAAAGUGAUUUUUAAAUAUAAAAUGAACUCCAUUGCGCACAAAUGCCAAAUAAAACAAAAUAUUAUAUUUGCAUUAUUGAAUUGUCGUACCAAAAACUUUUUUAUGCCAGUUUUCACCAAAACAAAACGAGCUCUUCGUGCUCCUCAAAACUUAAAUAAUUUAAAUGCAUUUUAAUGGCAUGUAAAGCCCUCUGUGAUUCAAAUGUUGGUAUUAAAAACUAUCAAAACUACCAUCAAAACCAUCGUAAACGUCUACAAAGUGGCAGGUGUCCUUGAAGGUAACUAGGAGGCGAGGUUGUGAGAGAGGAUUUGAAAAAAGGAGUCCAAAUACUCCGCUGUAAUAUUAAUCUGAGAGGAUGGGACCUGCUCCACUUCUCUGGGUCCUUGUGGAUCUCGGGGGCCACAUAUUAAUCAGUCUGGCUCCAGGAGCCGAGCCUCCCGUCACAAACCGUUUGAAGUUGAUUUAAAUUUCUCCUCAUAUGUUUUGCAGGAUUCUAGGGAUGCUAUUUAAAUAGAUCGGCUCCUCCCAUUUCGAAUAGUAUUUAUUUAUCACAAAUAUUGGUCCCUAUCCGUCAUCACUCUGGUAAUCACAAUAUGCUUAUUGAUUAUUAAUUAUUUGAGGGCCCUAGUUUAUUCAGAUUCGAUGGUAUGCAGUGAUUUCUUUUUUUUAAACCUUUUUUUUAAUUGUCUCGAAAGAUGCCCGUAACUUCCUGUGGUAAUUGUACCUGUGUGUGGGGGGGGGGGGGACUCGUAUAAAUGGUAUUGGUGGUUGGAGUAUUCUCAUAAAAAGCUGCUAGUUUAAUUUUCCUGUGAUCAAAUGUGGUCUGUUCAAGGAGAUCCUCGUCUGAGGCCCCUGGUACGCAGGGACAAGUGUUCACUUUUUGACGAAUUAAUUACAGACUUAAAAUUGGAUAUACAGGACUGUCUCAGAAAAUUAGAAUAUUGUGAUAAAGUUCUUUAUUUUCUGUAAUGCAAUUAAAAAAACAAAAAUGUCAUGCAUUCUGGAUUCAUUACAAAUCAACUGAAAUAUUGCAAGCCUUUUAUUCUUUUAAUAUUGCUGAUUAUGGCUUACAGCUUAAGAAAACUCUAAAAUCCUAUCUCAUAAAAUUUUAAUAUUUCCUCAGACCAAGUAAAAAAAAGAUUUAUAACAGCUGAGUGUUUGUCAAGGCUCAGGAAACCCUUGCAGGUGUUUGAGUUAAUUAGACAAUUCAAGUGAUUUGUUUAAUACCCUACUAGUAUACUUUUUCAUGAUAUUCUAAUAUUUAGAGAUAGGAUAUUUGAGUUUUCUUAAGCUGUAAGCCAUAAUCAGCAAUAAAUCAGAAUAAAAGGCUUGCAAUAUUUCAGUUGAUUUGUAAUGAAUCCAGAAUGCAUGACAUUUUUGUUUUUUUAAUUGCAUUACAGAAAAUAAAGAACUUCAUCACAAUAUUCUAAUUUUCUGAGACAGUCCUGUAUACUCCCUGAGAGAGGCGAUGUAUGUGUUUUUCCUUUUCGUGGACAUUGGAGAGAGAAAUGAUCUUGCGGAACGAAGAUGUCAGAUAGAGGCAGUCUAAGUCUCGCUAUUCUCAGCAUUCAUCCGGUUGCAUGAGGCCAUUAUGAUCCUGUCGACCGGUCCUGAUGCUGUCGUGUUGCUCAGGAGGAACUAAAAGUGGCCCCUGGGAAAGCAUCCAUGUGCAAGUCAAUCUUGUUAUGUGUUGACGUUGGGAUCUCCCGUUAUAACCCACUUCAUUGUGGAUGUUUAGAUUCCAGUCCUUGGUCUUCCUAGAAGAUGUUUUGUCUGUCCUGAUCCCCCGAUCCUCCUAAGGAAGAGGGGUGGGGGGGGGGAUGAUUUGAAGGGCAUAUUACUGGCUUCAUCCUCAAAAAGAACAUCCAGUUCCUCACGCGAUGGCUCCUGUAAGGAGCUUGAUCCGGAUGCGCCACAACAGUUUCGUUGUGGCGGGUCGGGGAGGGGCCCCGGAGAUUAGGUGACGCUACGGGUCUUGGUGUUGGUCUCUCGGCCUGUUUGUGGGGGCGUGGCGAGGGAAGUCGAGACGUCCGGUUGCGAAAGAGCAGUUUGUUUCUCAGGACUGUGAGCACUUGAAGAAGAGGCUGGUGCCAGGAGUAGUUAAAGACCGUGUUUUUGUUGUAUACUCCAUCGUAGAAAAAUACAUUUUAAACGAUCCAUCAAAAAAAAAUCUGUUAUGUGGUGAAAUGAGAUGAACCAGUACGAUGCUGUUUUUAUUUAUUCUUUCUAAUUGGUGGCUCCUCCCCGCCCCCCCUCCUUUAAUGUUAUGUUAAGGGCAUCCCUUGCAUUGGAAGUUAGUUUGACAGCUUUGUGUGUAAAAUCAAUGUUUGUCUGUAUUUAUUUCCCCCCCCCCCAAUAUCAUUUUUUGUGAAGGUGUGAGGAAAGUAAACUGAAUGUUGCACUUUUGAUUCAAUUCUUUCUAGUCGGAGGUAGCCGGUGCCCAGAUUCACAAGAGCAAACUGAUCUUAAAAAAGAAGGGAAAAAAAGACUAUUUAUUUAUAAUAUAUAUAUAAUAUAUAUAUAAUAGUGUAUAUAAUAUCUACAAUAUAUUAUAUAUAAUAAUUGCUCAGUGCCGUGAUAAGACAGUUUAAUAUUAGAAGUGCUGCUAGACAAUGAGAAAUGUAAUUGUGUACUUUUACUGGCAAUGGUUUAAUCACUUCCUCCCACUCCCUUCCUGCAUAGAUACGUGUUCCGUAUGAGAGUCCUAACAGUAUAAUAUAAUAAUUAAUGGACUUCUGUUGCUGCAGGAAGAUUCUUACGAGUAAUCUGCAAUCCGUCCACAAGGAGGCGGUAUCGAGUUGCACUCCAAAUCACUCAUUAACAAACCAUAUCUGGACGAGACACUUGAUGGUUUUUAAAUCCUGUCAUUAUGUUUAACUGUGAAUCUGGUUGAUUGUUCACGAGAAAAACAGACAUCAACCCGACUGUCUCUGAGAAGUUCUACUGUUCACUUUAUUGACUUAUUCUGCACACAGCCCCACCUAUAUGAAUGAAAAGUUGAUAAUUGUACACCCGCCACGUGUUUUACUUGAAAAUAGGGCCAACCACUUUAAAAAUAUAUAUAUUUUAUUAAUGGUUUAUAGUGCCGUGGAAUAUAAUGUUCAUUACAGUGAAUCAUAUACUUUGCAUUUUUCUUUGUUGUCAAACGACGUUACAAAAAAGGGAGUUAAUAAGAAUAUGAAGCCCAAGACGGUGAAAAUAAAAGCCGAUGAAUAAACAGUGAAAAUAAAAGAUAUUCUUUAUAUAUUUUCUCUUUGUUUGGUCUUGUUACACAUUUAAUGAGUUUGCUAAUGCUACGUAGCUCAACUGAAACAUGAAGUCGUCUUUCCUGCCAGAUAAAGCUCUUCGUAAACAGUUUGUUUAUCUAAAGUGAGAAAUGUUAAUUGUAUUUAGCUAGUCGGCUCGUGCACACCGUUAGCUAGUUCAAAAUAUUUUAUUUAGUUAAAGAAAAUCACAUCUCCACAAUGAAAGUCCAAAGUCUUGUUUCUUCUUUGGCGGCUUUAGCUCAGUGGGGUAAGAGGGCCGUCCUGCAACCGCAGGGUUGUGGGUUCGAUCCCCGCUCUCCCCAUUAGUUGCAAGUCGAAGUGUCCUUGAGCAAGGCACUGAACCCCCAGUUGCUUCCUGGGCGCAUCACUGCAGCCCACUGCUCCUUAAUAACUAAGGAUGGGUUAAAUGCAGAGAACUAAUUUCCCCUUGGGGAUUAAUAAAAGUGUAUAUUCUUGUUCUUAAUGUGGAGAUAAUAGGAAUGUAAUGUUACUUUAGGAUAACAAUGACGUUAUAAAAAGCGUCUUUAAAGUGUUAGAAAGCUAACUUUCAUUAUUAGCUUGCUAGCUAGCUGCUACGUGUUUUCAGUUAAACGCUAACUUGCCAAUUUUCUUAAUUGUUCCACUGAUGUCUGUAUAUAUAUUUUUAUUAACUGAAAAAAGCUAUUUUCCUUUCACACUCCAUUGUAUUAACAGUAUUUUGUCUUUUUGAGGCUCCAUAAAAUAAAACAUCUGCUGAUGUCU